UACAGCGAUGAUGGCGGCGGUGAUGGCAGCGCCUGUGGCCGCGCUCCGGGCCUGGGCGGAGGCGGCGGCGCGGGGGGAGGCGGCGGCUCGGGCGGCUCUGGUAGCCGCGACCCCGCUGCUGGGCUCGCUGGCCGCGCUGGCAGCGCAGAUGCGGGCGGCGCGGCGGCUGCCGUGGGACGCGACUGCGCUCGGCGCCUUCCCGGAGCUGCGGGCGCGGCUGUGGCGGAAGCAGCGCGGCGCGGCCGAGGCGCUGCUGGAGCAGCUCGGCGAGCGGCGGGAGGAGCUGCGGGCCGUGCGGGACGCCGUGGGGGCCGCCGGCAGCGCUGUGCUGCGGCUCGUGGAGGAGCGGGGCCCGGCCGAGCUGGGGCUGGCCGUGGUUCUGCGGCGGGGUCCGCGCUGCCCCUCGCUGGCCGACGUGCUGGAGGGGCUGCAGGACGUGGAACGCUACUACCGGCAUCUGUACUUGGAGAGCAAACUGCUCCUACAGCGCCUCAGCUUGGACAGCCUGGCAGACGUGGAAGCCCUACCGCAGUCCUGGGAGAGGAUUUUGGAGCGUUACAAAGAGGACGAUGUCGUUCAAGAUACACUCCUGAAGGUCUCACUGUUUGUGGAGAACCAUCACGAGGUGAGCUGCUCACCUGGCUCCUGACAGGCAGCAGGGACUGGCACUGCCCAACUUCUGGCACGUUCUGUGAUGCUGCAGAGGGGAUGAGGAGCUGAGGGAGCUCUCCUGGUGCUUUUUGGAAGCUGAAUGAGUUGAGUCUUGGCCUCAAAUGCAUGAAAUGCUUGAACUAUACCAUUUUCAAGGGGAAAUGGCCUUGGUCUCUGAAGAAGAGGCUGAGCCAAAAAAAGCCAUGAAGAUAGGAGUCACCUCCAGCUGUGGAACUUGUCCUUUCCCUCUUCUGACAUGCCUGUUUUGUGUCAUGGUAAAAAUGUUGACACUUACAUGAGGUGCUGCAGAUGUGUGAGUGUAAUGGAGUCCUUCAGGCUGGUGCCAUGAAAGAUAUUUGGGCUCAGUCCUUACAAAUAAAGAAAACAUGCCAUAUUAGGGUUUAGAAACAGUGCUCACCUCAUGUCUUUGAGCAGUGUGUUUGCAUUCAUCCCACCUGGGCAUGGAGGAGGAAGGAAGCAAAUCUGCCUUGAAAAUGUCAUUCCAGAGGUGCAGGAUGCCUGAGUUCUGACACGGGCAGCUUUCUAGGGUGAGCAAUACACUGCUCUGUUACCACUGAAAUCAAUCUUAAAAUUCACUGUCUGGUAGCCACUGCUGAGAUUUCAGGGACACCUUUUGGUGGCCUUGGCACUGAUCCUCUGAACAUUCCCAGGAAGCUGUGGGGUGUUUGUCUCUCAGCUGUGUAUUUGGUAAGGAGCUGCAGGGUGGCAUUUUCUGGGGUCCCCUGUGGCAGGAAAAAAUGAAUCGAUUCCAUGUUCUUAGAAGGCUAAUUUGAUAUGAUAUGAAUUAUAUUAAUUAUAUUGUGCUAUACUAAAACUAUACUAAAGAAUAGAGAAAGGAUACUUACAGAAGGCUUAACAAGAUAUUAAUGAAAAACCUGUGAGUCUCUCAAGAGUCCUGACACAGCUAGGCUGUGAUUGGUCAUUAAGUAAAAACAAUUCACAUGUUGGAUAAACAAUCUCCAACCACAUUCCAAUGCAGCAAAAGACAAGAGAAGCAAAUGAGAUAAUAUUGUUUUCUUUUUUUUCUCUGAGGCUUCUCAGCUUCCCAGGAGAAAAAAUCCUGGCAAGGAGAUUUUUCAGAAAAUAUAACAGUAACACUGCAGCUUCUUGGAGAAAGCCAGUAAAGAAUUGCAUGAGACAGGUUGUGGGUGUGGUGUUUGUGCUCAGGGUUCUGUGUCCCCAACCUGGGUUGUCCCUGUGGCCACCUGAGGGCACUGCAUGUCCCAUGAACCCUGGGGGGAGGGGAGCAGAUCUGGGUGCUGAGGGUGCCAAGGGUGGGAAAGGGCUGGCUCAGGGCUAGGGCUGCCAGUGCUCCUGUCAGGGACAGGGGAUCAUGAGUUCUAGCUGCAGUUCUUCACACACAGAGUUGUAAUUGCAAAGAAAACCUGCUCCUGGUGCUGGCUCCCCUGCCUGUGGCAUUCACGUUUCCUGAACAUGAUUCCUUCACCCAGGGCUUUCUCCUGUGAAGCUGAAAGGCAGUGAGAGACCUCAGAGAAAAGAAAAACAAUUCUUAUCUCAUUUGUCUCUCCUGUGUUGUGCUCCUUUGGGAUGUUUGGAGAUUGUUUACCACAGGUGAUUGUUCCAUUGCAUUCUGCUGGGAGUUGUUUUCACUCUUUGGCCAGUCAGGGCCAAGCUGUGUCAGGGCUCUGGAGAGAGUCAGGAGUUUUCAUUAUUAUCUUUUUAGCCUUCAGUAUCUUUUCUGUAUUCUUUAACACAAUAUAGUAUAAUAAAGUAAUAAAUUAGCCUUCUGAGAACAUGGAGUCAGAUGCAUCAUUCUUCCCUGCCACGGGGCUUGCUGUGCCUUUACAAUACCCUGCCCAGGGUGGAGGUGAGGUGGAUUCUGCUCCUGGUGGGGACUCAUGUGUUUGUGCAGCCUUGUGCUCCUUACACAGGGUUUGGAGCACGGCUGAUGAAUCAGGGUGAAUCAGAGGUGUCAUCCUUGCAGACCACUAGGUCAUGGUGAGCUUGGGUGCAGAAUUGUCCUUGCAUGUGUACAUGCAGUACAACCCUUCAACACCCCUCUUCUGUCAGCCUCUCUCAGGACAGCUGCCCAGUGAGCAAAUAGAUUUAAAGUCUGGGAGAUGUUCAGCACAGUUCAGUGGUGGCCCUUCUGCUUCUCCCAGAUGUUUCGCCCCUGUUGUCUGUCUUUGUGAGCCCUGCUAAAAGUGCUGAGGGAGCUUUCUGCAUUGAAAGUGGCCAUGCCCUGACUCUGACUGACUGAAAUGGGGUGAAGGAGGUGCUCAUUGAAGUUUUGGUGUGAUUAAUUGCUCUGUGCUGUUCCUGGGCCAUGUCAUCAGCUGCAUUUGUCUGCAGCACUCUGUGGGGUGUGAGUGAGUCUCUGCAUCAGAGCACUCUAAUUGGGAUCAGCUGUGGGCUUGUUCCACUGCAGAUCUGCAUCCUAUGUCAGGAUGGCUGCCAGAGACCCCACAGCUGAGGAGGACAUGGUUCCUCAUGUGUGCAGAGCUCCCUUCAGCCUGGGAGUCACUGUGGCUUCGAGGGUUCCCCCAUGCACAGAGCCGGGGUGGCCAUUCAGCCUUUCAGUGUCACACGUGUCAGCAGGCAGGUGCAAAGGCCACUCCUGCUCCUCCUUGCCUGACAGCCUGCAGGGCUGAGCCAGGCCCCUGCUCACAGCACAGGGAUGUCUCUGGGUGCCAGAUUUCAGCACCUUCCUGGCUACUGGGACAGGAGGGAGGUGAGUGGGAGCAGCUGCUGCUGUAGCUGCCUGGGGAGCCAAAUGCAGGUUCAGGGUGGUGCCUUUUCCUUGGUCCUAAAAUUAAGAGCCAGACACAGUUAAGGGAUAAAGGGUUUUUAUCUUGGUAUUUAAUAAGGAUCCUUGUGGUGCAACACUUCAUCAAGGUGGAGUACACUGAAAUGUACACCUAAGAGAUUGUGUAUACAAUUUAAUAGAUUUUACAAAUUACUAUAUCUAAUAAAGAUGCUUGAAUGAAAAGUG